GUGGCCGUCAAGGAGACCCCGGACCCCCUCCAGUACGCGGCGGAAGAGCACCCGGAGUUCAACUGGAGUGCGGGACGCCUGCCUCGUGCACAUCUCCCUGCGCCGAGUGCGGCCAACGGCUCCGACUUUGCGGACUUCGUGGCAUCCCUCCUGGCUCCCGUGGUCAACGUGCCUCACGAGGACGGCGAGAAGCGCACCACCUUCGAGUUCUUCGACGGCAAAGGCUUCUGGGUACCCAAGCACAAGGACGACAUGGGGGCCCUCAUCCGCAUGAGCUUGAAGAACCUCUCGCGGCCCGGCCCCUUCACUCCGCCGGAGCCGCUCAACGACAGCUGCUGGACCAAGAGCUUGGUGGACGAGAUCUUAGGCUUGCUGAGCGGGCACACCAUGGCUCCGCUCGACGCCGACAGGACGCGGGGGAAAGUCCUGUACUCCGACGGGGUGGUGGUCGAUUUCGCCACGGGGGAGCGGAGGCUGGCUCAGCCGUGCGACCGCAUGUCCUUGCACGCAGAGGCGACCUCGGCAGCCUGGGUGCCGCCUGUUCCCACGCAGCUCUUUAGCAAAGUCGAGACCUUCCUCCGGACCCUGGAAGAGAACGAGGAGGGGCUCGCGGUGGUGGAGGCCUUCGAGGAGCUCAAGCCGCACUCCGGUCUCCUGAAGCUCCUGAGGAAGUACGGCUCGUGGCUGCAGGUGCUGUACAUCCUCCGCCUCUUCGCCCGGGCGAUCGUGGCUCUGGAACGCCUGUGCGAGCUCUUCUACCUCCACGGGCCGGGGUCCUCGGGCAAGGACGUGCUCAUGCUGAUCCUGCUGCGCUUCCUGGGCUACGAGCCGCAGCACUACGGGCUCCUCGUGAGCGGUCGCUACUUCGUGGCGGGGGCGAAGAGUGGCAAGGAAUCGGCCUCCCCCCAUUUAGACCAAAUGCGCGGGAAACGGUUCAUCUGGGGGUCAGAGGUGCCAGAGCAUGAGGAUUUAGACACAGACUUUUUAAAAGCUCUGUGCGAGCAAGGCGGAGCUCCGCUGACAGGGAGAGGCCUCUACAGGAAUCCCCGGAGCUUUCGCCCCAUGGGCGUCUUCUGCGCCACCAGCAACUUCCCGCCGAAGGUCAAGCAGAUCGACGACGACGGCUGGGCCCGCCGAGCUCGCGAGUGGCAGACCGAAGCCCGCUUCGUGGCCAGGCCGACCAAGAUCACGGAGCACAAGGCCGACGACUCCCUGAAGAAGAAGAUUAACGACGGCUGCUUCCACGCAGAGAUGAACUUCUUCGCUCUCGGCUUCUUCAAUUCUCUCUCCGAGGAGCUGAAUCCGGGCACGGAGCUCCUGCCCAAGCCCCCGCAGAUGGUGCUUCUGGAGGAGUGA